UCUGCUGUCCUGCUCCGUCCGUUCGUCUGCUUGUUGCAGCCGAUCCGCUUCUUUACCUCUGUUCGCACCCACUCUUUCCCGUCUGUCGCCCCUCUCCUUCUUUGGGCUGAGUACACACCUUUGCUGGAGAACCAGUCCUGCGACCUCCCCCGCUCAUCUGCGAUUCCAUCAGUGCCCCUCUCCACAGCCAGCAAUCGUUCUUCUCGCCCAGCUGGCGUCCCUCCCCACAAUCCACCCCUGGUGGUCUCGCUGCUGAUUGUGCGUUGACCCCCUAUCCUUGGACACUCAUCCCGCCAUCCAAGAUCCAACUCGCCGCUGUAUAUCCUUUCUUUUUUCCCGCCGCCCCCGCCGCCAUGUCUAUCCCAAACCACCCUUAUCAAAACCCAUACGGCCCGCUCGAUCCCGCCGAGGUACCCAACGAUCUGCAUCGCCGACCGGCCGCCCCGCUGCCGAGUAAUCCUCUGUCCUUUGGCCAGCUGCCCUUCCGGCGAGACGACCAGCAUCCGCCGGCCUUCUAUCCAGGCGACUCGCCUCCGUCCGCGCUGCUGCCUCUCCGUGCUCGAGACUUUUUCGGCCCUGGCCGACCCGGCGAUUCGUCCCUUCCUCCUCUUCUGCCACCUCCACGGAUCUCCGAACGCCCGGCCAGCUAUGCCCGGGACCGAGCGCCGGCCUCGUCGCUCUCGGCGUACUCGAUCGAUGCCUUUGCCCAUCGUCCGUUGCCUGUAAACGAAUCCUCGACGCUGAGGCGGCUGCCUCCGCCACUGGCCGACCCGAUAACAUCCGGCUCUGGCCGUCCGCCAUCGCUCCACCAGCACCCGCAAAAGUACUCGCUGGAGCCAUAUCCGCCGCCGCACCAGCCUCCGUAUCAGCAAACGUACCACCAUGGCUCCUCGGACCUGCGCCCUUCCUCGUCAGCCCUGCCACCGGGCCUGUCGUCUUAUACCCUGGCCGCUGCCCGGCCCUCGGGUCCGGCUGCUGGCGAUGGCUUGCACUCGUCUCCUCCGGCAUCCUGGAGCACUCUGGCACAGUAUGCCGCCCCUGCACCUCGCUCGGGACGAGAGCCGCUGCAUCCGAUUAAUCUGGCCGAUCCUCGGGACGCAUUCGAGGCUCCGUCGCAACAUAGAGCGGCCGGCCCCGGCAUCUUCUCGGCACUGCAGCCUCCGCAAACAUCUGCAUCGUAUUCGGGUACUCGCUCCGACUGGACCGACGUCUACCCGGAUCCUCACUCUCAAAGCCAGCUCCGGAACCAGGCCAUAUCGCAAGUGCCGCCAUCUUGGUCGACCAAGAGCCUCGCCCACGACUCUGCCCGACCACCAGCACCCCACCCGUCCACAGUCUCCGAUCCUCAGUCCGAUGUCCGGCCGACUCUGGCACAUGCCGCGAGAACCUCUCCGCCCGAUGCGGCUUACCUCGGUGCCGAAGUGCCAGGUUCGGCGUCCACAAAGAGCGACCCGCCCGGGGGUGUCGAGUCGGCGCCCCGCAAGAACAAGUUCGAGGAAGCCUUGCUUUGCCGCGGAUGCAACCAAAAGAAAGGCCAGGCGUUCUUGUUCGGCAAGGCGUCCGGAGCCUUCGUUUCGCACAGCAUCAUCUCUCAGUUCGACUGUGUGUCGUGCCAUCAAGCAAGCAACGGAACAGCGCCCAGCCAAGCAGUCCCGCAGGAUCUGAAUCAAGACCAUGGGCUCGACGACCCAGACAGGUCUGGGCAGCCGCUCGCCUCGCGGCUGAUCGGCGCCUCGAAGCGGAAGCGUAAAUACGAACAUGACCAAGACCAGUACUUUACCUGCGACGUGUGCAAGAAAGCCUUUGGGUUUGGGCGGGUUGCCAUCGAGGAAGAAAGCCUGCGAUCCAAGAAGAACGCCGUCGGCAUCGAGCUCGUGUGCGAUCCGUGUACCACAAAGUACAAGUUCUGCUCCAACUGCGGUGGCGGCGGCCACUGGCGCACGGGCAAGUGGCGACCGGCCGAGCUGUUUGGGUACGCCCGCCGAACCUGCCGACUUCCGCACGACCGCAUCGGCGAAGUCAACGAGAUCGAGUACGUCACCUGGGCGCUGCCACUCACUGCCAAUGUCCAGAGCCAGACCAUCACGGGCCUGUCGUCGGACCAAGACUUUAUGCAGUGGCAGCGACAGUUGCUUCUCGAGCAAAUGCAUGGCAUCUGGACGGACGUGGGGCUGCUUCGGCUCGGGCAGUCGCGGGUGAUGGAGCACUUUGAAUCCUUCUCCACGUUCGAGAAGAUCACAGAGCGACUGGAUGCCAUGUGGAUCCGCGACAUCCUGCCGCUGCUGACCCAGCGCAAGGACAACCAAAAGGGCUAUCUGACGAUCGCCUUCAUUCCGGAGCUGAUCUCGCGCAAGCAGCGGUACCGCGCCGAGAAGGCCCAGCGCGAGAAGACUCUGUCGGCAAUGGCAUCGUCGUCAUCGUCGUCGCUGGCGUCGUCGUCAUCGGCCGGGUCGCUUCUCCUGGGCCCGUCCUCGUCCUCGUCCUCGUCAUCGGCCGUCGGUCUGUCGGCGGCAAACAAGGGUCGCAAGUCGCACGACAAGAUCAUCGGCGGCUUUUGCACUGGCAACUGGCGGCAGACCGAAGGCACCUUCCAACUUACCCAUCGAGUCGACAAGCGACUCGAGGAUCCCGGCGGCAUGAUGGUGCCGCUGCUGCAGCGGAUGAUGAAGCAGUUCAUGCGGGACGAGGAGCAAGCUCGCCACGAAGCAGCUGGGGGCAAGAUCUUCCCGGUGUGCAAGUACGCCUGGUUUGUCAGCCGCAAGUCUUCGGAUCUGACCUCGGCCAUCUUUGGCGACGACACCGAAUCCGAUGCACAGAGCGGCGUGGCGACCGAGCAUUCGGGUGACAUGCAGCCGAUAUGCAGCGAGCCCGAGGUGCCUGGUCUGCCGUCGCAAGCCACUGCCCAACCUACCACCACCACCACCACCAGCACCACCACCGUCGCCGCUCUCGCCAGCGACAACGAUGACGCCGGGCAGAGCCAAGGUCCAUCGGAACUGCCUCGGUCCACCCCAAGCUCGCUCAAGAAGCCCGUUCCACAACGCAUCGCCUCGGGAGCGCCCGCGGCCCAUGCCACCAUGCCCCCCACCGCGAACGAAAGCAAUCUGGCCAAGACCUUUGUGGACCCGUAUCGGAUCCAGCUUCGCCGACAAGGGUUUCUGCCCUUACAAGAAUACCGUCUCCGACACCCCGAGGCCGACGACUAUACCUUUGAAGACGACAGCUAUCCACCUGAGGUGCUUCACAACUUUGACAUCUUUGUGGUCGAGAUUGCAAAGUUUGUGGACUAUCUGGACUCGGCUGUGUCGAUGAUGGUGUGAAGGAUGGGUGCGGUGAGUCUGCGGCUCCUCCCUCUUGGCACUGAGAGGUCUCCCCGGCUCGCAACUCCCGACUCCAUCAUCUCAACAUGCUCGGUUGGAUUCCGAGGAGUUCCAAUCGCGCCUCUCUCUCUCUCUCUCUCUCUCCUCGCCCCCCUCCUCUCCCUCGCUCUCCACCGGCGGCAAGAACGGCUGAAUCCAAGAUGAGAACCCACCCAACGAUAACAGUGUCUC